AUGGUGGAACAAUUCGAAAGCAGCAUGCUGGGAAUGGAACAGUGGCAAGAGGAGCUGAAUAGCAAAAUGAAUAAGCUGUUGGAUUUGAUGAUGGACAAGGGUAAGACUGUGCCACCACAAAAUGUUAAGGAAGAGUCAGACCUCGCCUAUCCUCCAGGAUUCACCCCAUUGCACGGGCAAACAUCGACACAACCUCCGAUGGCCGCAGAAAAUCCUCCGCUAAACAAUGCUUUAUUCAUACCUACCGCACCAACAUUAAGGGUCCUAGCAGUCGGAAUGCCCCUAAUAAUGAUGAUAGAUAUAGGGGUAGAUAGAAUCAAAACUGAGCAUCGCUGUGACAUACUUGAAGAACGGUUAAGGGCCAUUGAAGGGUCCAAUUCAUUCGGUACCAUUGAUCCAACAAACCCCUACUUGGUGCCGAAGGUCACUCUACCACCGAAGUUUAAGAUGCCAGAUUUUGAAAAGUACGAUGGAACUCGGUGUCCUCGUGCCCACUUACGGUUGUAUUGUCAAGCCAUGACAGCGUACUCAAACGAUGAAAAACUAAUGAUGCACUGUUUCCAGAUUAGUUUGACUGGAUUUGCCAUCCGUUUGUACAUUCAGCAGAAUAAGGCCUGGGUCCGCACUUGGAAAGACUUGGCCAACGCCUUUAUCACUCAUUACUGCCAUGUGACAGAGAUGGCACCCAGCUGCAUGAUGCUGCAAGAAAUGGAGAAGAAACCUAUUGAAACAUUCAGGGAGUAUGCUUACAAGUGGAGGGAUAUGACGAUCCACAUGGAUCCCCCUAUGAGCGACCGAUAG